AUGGCCUUUAGGGAUAGGAGAGCUCUUAUUAGACAUCAGGGAAUCCACACUGAAUUGAAACUAUAUGAAUGUAAACAAUGUGGAAAGGCUUUUACAAAAAAGGGCAAUCUUAUUGUACAUCAGAGAAUCCAUACUGGAGAGAAACCUUAUGAAUGUAACCAAUGUGGAAAGGCCUUUAGGCAAAUGGGAACUCUUACUGUACAUCAGAAAAUCCACACUGGAGUGAAACCUUAUGAAUGUUAUCAAUGUGGAAAGGGCUUUACAGACAAUAGAUCUCUUAGUCAACAUCAGAGAAUCCACACUGGAGAGAAACCAUAUGAAUGUUACCAAUGUGGAAAGACUUUUAGGCAAAGGGGAGAUCUUACUAGACAUCAGAGAAUCCAUACUGGAGAGAAACCUUAUGAAUGUUACCAGUGUGGGAAAAGUUUUGCAGACAAUAGAUCUCUUAUUCAACAUCAGAGAAUCCACAAUGAAAAGAAACCAUAUGAAUGUAACCAAUGUCAAAAGGCCUUUAGCCAAAAGGGAGCUCUUACUGUACAUCAAAGAAUUCACACUGGAGAGAAGCCAUAUGAAUGUAAUCAAUGUGGAAAGGCCUUUAGGCAAAGGGAAGUUCUUGCUGUACAUCAGAGAAUCCACACUGGAGAGAAACCAUAUGAAUGUAACCAGUGUGGGAAGGCCUUUAGUCAAAGAGGACCUCUUACUAGACAUCAGAGAAUCCACACUGGAGAGAAACCUUAUGAAUGUAAACAGUGUGGAAAAGCAUUUAGCUACACCUGGGCUUGCAGGUCUCAGGUAGAUUUGAGGCAGCAUCCCACAUAUUUCCUGGUUUUAGCUGAUACCCCUGGCUAUUGGGUCCUCCUCCUGACCUCAUGUGACUCCAAGCCUAAACUCUACAAGAGGUCCCAGAGGACCUACUCCUAA